AUGCAUUUCUCCAAGAGUGUUGUCGCCGUCACGGCUUCCCUUGUGUCCCUUGGUCUCGCCGCCGACCCUCUAUCCUUCACUUCCUGGCCCAAGGAGCCCCUCGAACCUGGCAAGCCGGUCACCCUCACAUGGACUGGUGCUACUCCUGAUGAGCCUGUGACCAUCCUCCUCCGCCAAGGUAACGCGGGCAAUCUGCAGGACGUCAAGCCGAUCACUGGCCAGGCCAAUGGGGGCACUUUCACCUGGAUCCCUGACGACUCUGUCAAAAAGGACGAUACAUACGCCUUCCAAAUCAAACAGAAAGACCAGACAAACUAUACCGCUCUGCUGAAGGGGGGUAGCAACCCCGCCGCUGCGCUCCCCGAAGCUAAGGAUACCACCUCUGAAACUGGCGCUGCUGCCACUACUGCUGCAACCACUGGCAGCACUACCGCCUCUAACACCCAGACCACUGGUGGUACUACCGCGUCAACCCAAGGAACCCAGACCACAAUGACUAGCACUGCCAGCAAGGCCCUCAUAAGCUCUGCUGCCAGCCCAUCUGGUAGCCCAUCUGGCAGCCCUUCUAGCUCUGCCGCUGCCAGCUCCUCGGACAGCUUGAGGGCUACCCGCACUGAGGUUGUCCAUGGCAAAGAAGCAUCCUCCACCGAAAGCGCGCAGACUGGCGCUGCUUCUAUCCCGCAAUACUCCGUGCAGUUGGUAAUGGGUAUUGUCGGUCUGUUGGCCUACCUUGUCUAG